AGCUCUCCGCGCUGAAAUCCUAGGAAGAAAUCGACGGACAGACAGACAAGAGGAGGAAUGGUUGAAAGGCGUAGAAGUAAUCCUUGAAUGAGGGUCUCGGGUCCGGGACCCAACCAACGGGACGUCGUGCUGUUUGGAAUCGAUCGUCCUUCCUACGCACGCCUUCGCAUUUUCCAGGCGCCGGCGUCCGAUCAACCGACGUCGCGGAAUCUUCCAUCCAUCCGCACACACAGACACACACACAUUUACAACAGCUGGAAAACGACCGUCGUCAGAUACCUUCGGUCCUCCUGAAAAUCACCUAUCACAAGAAAACGGGACGAUAGAGCGAACAAAUUUGCCAUCGCCCCGAAGAAGGGUCCGCACCUCGAGGAAGCAAGUGACAAUCUAGUGAUUUGAUUUUAUUUUCAACAAAACAAACGAAACAGUGACAGAAGACCUUUCACGAAUCGUAGAUCCGGCUGCGAUGCUUUGAACCGAGCGGACUCAAAUAGCAGGCCAUGCUCUGGCCUAGCGCCAUACUGCGCUGCGCGUUGCUGCUCUUUGCGGCAACAGUGGGACCUCCUGGAGCCCGGGCUGAAGGAUAUGUAGGGUGUUUGUUCAGCGAUCGACUUUGCCUGGAGGACGUCGAGUUUUGUUUCGAUGAUUUUGCGUUCGGCAGGUGCCUUCAAACCACAGGACAACCAGAUGAAGAUGACUUCUUCAGGUUUGAUUUGGAUAAAGAAGCUUUGCAUGAUUUGAGCCACGAGCUUAAACGUCUUUUCGCCUUGGGUUAUCGAUGGAGCCACUCCUAUACACAAUGCCGUCUCCAGGGUAUGCUGUUCGCGUACAAAAACGAUCUAUCGCAGGAUGUGAACGCCUGCUCUCAUCUGUCGGACCAGGAUCUGGAGGGAGCUUUGAAGGCUUUGGAAGGCGAGGUGCACAUCGAUCCAAGGGAUGUGGCCAUCGUCAAGUUCACCCCCAGCGCAGACGACCCCCGCAGCGACUUUGCCGACGAAGUGUACUAUCCACCCGUAGAAGACGACCGCGCCAUAGCCAGGAAGAUAAUCCUUCCUUCCAAUGCGAUCGAUCUGGAUGACAUGCCGGAUCCUUAUGCCGAUUACAUCGUCAAGCGCACUUGGAUCCCGCAGAUGCGUCGCAGAUCUCCUCCUCCACCUCCACCGCCGUCACCGUACGAGAAUCCUGAAAUCUUGGACAAGCUGGUAUCCGAAAAUCGAAUCACUUCGAACGACGUUUACGCGCUGAAUGAUUACCUGCAAAGGGCUCCACUGAGCCCUGAGAAUUACGAGGAAAUCUUGGCUUUGCUGUACGGCAGGAUGAAGCCUGAAACCAACUAUCCGGAACGCAUCAUCUACAAUUCGCCAGAAAACUUCCGGACCACCUGGGAGCCCCGAAGAAAAGUUAACGAGCAGCAAGAUUUGGGUUCAUGGGGUCGCAUCGAAGACUAUCCGGAUGAUGUUAUGGCAUCUGAAGGUUGGGAGUCUGAAAUACCGGAAUCGCGUGUUUACUUUGAUGAGGACGAGGAGGCAGAGGAGUACGGAAGCGGUGCGCACAACGAGGAGGUUUUCAGGGAGUUGAAGAACUUGCAGCCGCGACAGGAAAUCUUCCGCGAGCUCAAGCAGAUGAAUCGACCCAUCGAAACGGUGAAUGGUGGCGGCAUUUUCACCGAAGGCGGUAUGGUAUAUUUACCAUCGUCUAAAGGUACCAAAGAACCCAUCAGCAACUAUCGAUCAGCUUCUAACGACUUCUUUAAAGAUAUGAAAAGCGACCCGAGGAGUGUUCUCAAGAACAAUUUAGAUGAGCUCCUGCAGGAGUACGAUCUGGGAUUCAAGAGGCCGGAGAGGUUGGACGUGAAGAAACCCGGUCCGCCUUUCGAUACUCAAAUGAAAGACAUCUUUCUUCCAUCCAUGAUGAAGAAAGAACCACGAGGCGCUCAUCCGAACCGCAUGCACGAAAUCUACGACGUCGACACCGAUUACGUUUACGUGGCCAUCAAGGAUACAUUGCGAAGCUGGAGGCAGGGGGAUGCCGUCAUUCGAAACAUCUCUUCUCUACUCAAUCUUAAUUGGAAUGUCUUAUCUCACGGCAGGGUGGAUCGCAACGAAGUUACUUUUAAAGUUAAUCCGAAUCCAAUGAACUUGAACGCAACUGAUGUAGCGACUAAAAUAUGGGAUAUUAAAGAUCAAUUGAAGGCGGCGACAGGUGUCGAGAUCGUUGCGACGGGCGUGGGAGACAAGACGAAGGAGCCUUCUGUGGUUGUUUCUCAUAAGGAAGUUGGUAACGAGUUUUACAUAAUCAUCUUCACUGUGUGCGGAAUUCUGAUUGCGUUGAUUAUCGCUUCCAUCUUGCUGUUGAUUAUUCGCAAGCACGUCAAUUCUAAGGAGAAACUAAAUUCGUUGGCGAGGCCGGAUAGCGAGGCCAGCAAAGAUUACCAGGAUUUAUGUAGGGCGAGGAUGUCCACUAAAGGGACGACACCGGCGGAAACUGUGCACGGAAGGAUCACUUCAUUAUCUCGGGAGUCCGAGCAGAGUCCUUCGAGUAGAUCGAGCACGUCUUCGUGGAGCGAAGAACCGGCAUUGCAUAACAUGGAUAUAUCCACUGGUCAUAUGGUUUUGAGCUACAUGGAGGAUCAUCUCAAGAAUAAGGAUCGAUUGGAGCAGGAGUGGGUCGCGCUUUGCGCUUACGUGGCCGAACCGUGUGAAUCAUCCGUUGCUUUGAAGAAGGAGAACGUAGAGAAGAACAGAUACAUGGAGGUGAUGCCUUACGACCAUGCAAGGGUGGUUUUGAACGAUCUGACCAAUCUCACUGGAUCUGAUUUUAUCAACGCUUCGAGUAUCACCGAUCACGAUCCCAGGAAUCCCGCUUAUAUAGCAGCACAAGGACCGCUUCCACAGACCGCACCGGACUUUUGGCAAUUGAUAUGGGAACAAGGAGCAGUUGUCAUCGUCAUGUUGACCCGUCUAACUGAAGGAGGAACGGCUAUGUGCCAUAGAUACUGGCCAGAGGAAGGAUCUGAGGUCUACCACAUCUACGAAGUCCACUUGGUCAGCGAGCACAUCUGGUGCGAUGACUACUUGGUCAGAUCAUUCUAUUUGAAGAACGUCCGCACAGGAGAGACCCGCACUGUGACCCAGUUCCAUUUCUUGUCCUGGCCAGAAACCGGUGUACCGGCAUCAACGAAAGCUCUUUUGGAAUUCCGCAGGAAAGUGAACAAAUCGUACCGCGGUCGCUCCUGCCCGAUUGUCGUCCACUGCAGCGAUGGAGCAGGAAGAACCGGAACUUAUUGUCUCAUCGAUAUGGUUCUAAGCAGGAUGGCCAAAGGAGCCAAGGAGAUUGAUAUAGCAGCUACGCUCGAACAUCUGAGGGAUCAGAGGUCUCGCAUGGUCGCAACCAAGCAGCAGUUUGAGUUCGUUUUGACCGCCGUAGCCGAAGAAGUCCACGCUAUUCUAAAGGCUCUACCGCCGCAGCCAACACAAGAAACCAAAGAAAAGUAAAAACUGACACAUUAAUAGACUUCCUCAUCAGUCCAGCCCUGAUGCGGAAGCCGAGAAACGCAUAUUAAGAUAAAAAAAUAUUUAGUUGACCUGACUUUCGUUUCCACCACUUUCAAUAUCAUGCAUCAUAUCUUUGAGAUCUAUCGUAGACGGCUUGUACCUUAGCUUUCGGGAUACUAAGUAAAAUCUAUAAAAAAAUAUAUAAAUAUACGAUCAGAUCAGUAAAACCCAGAGAAAUAUUUUAAUCCGAAACAAAGAUAAAUAUAUUUAAAAAAAAAUACAUAAAUAUAUAUACAUAUAAUUAUAUCAAUGUUAAAGAAUAUAUAGUAUUAAUAGUAUUAAAGGAGAUUAAAUCGAUACGUUGAUAUGGUAAACCGACAUAAAUGUAAUGCGAUAUAUCUAUAUAUUUUGUGUAUGAAUGUAUUAACACGUAUCUAUAUUUUUUGACUUCUCUAAUUACUUGCAGAUUUUGGUUCGUGAAUCUGUUACCGUGCAUUAUGUUCCGUUGUUUGUUGUUGUUGUCUGUUUGUAUUGUUUACAAAUUUUAUGUUGUUGUUCUUCUUAUGAUCGUGGAUCGCAUCCACUGGAGCCUACUCUAUAUACGCUUAAUAUAUUUUGUUUUUACUUCUAUUAUGGUUCUUCGGCGGUGCUUGCGACUUUGGAAUCCAGCCUCCCAAAAUCGGAAGCACCAGGAAAAGUAUCCGUGUUUUAGGAAGGGAAACAUGAAAUAUCAUAACAAAAAAAAAUAGAACUAUAGUAAAACCGAACACAGGAACAUAAAGAUAUCGACUGAAUUACGUACAAGUUGCUUCAUUUACUUAUACAAUCUAAUAACAAACAAACAAA